AUGGCCACCACCACCUCCUCCUCCAACUUCUUCAAUCUCCGGUCAACUACUACUUCAGUCCACCCCAAGUCCCGGCCCUCAUCGAGCCACGACUCAUCACACGGUUGUGGCAAGGUUGAUGGGGUGGCUAUGUGGCUCAUUAACAGUGUCACAACUUGUUUCUUUGCAUCCUUAGAGAGGUGCUCUUGCAUCCGUAUUGCCACGCAAGACGACGGCGAUGACUGCAAUGACUUGCCGUUGAUUUUAACGACGGGAAUCUUCGAUAUGAGGCUGAGGCGACCACCAGCCGGAGGAGAACAGGCAAAGGAAAGAAGGGUAUUGCCGGAGGACCAUGCUGACAGAUUAAGCACCAAAGUUGUGUUAAAUUAUGUGUAA